UUGAUGUUCCUCUAUGGUAAAAAUUCGCCAACAAGUAUUGAAUUUUUGUAUGACACUAGUGUUUUUCUCUACCAUUUUACCACGCAGCCAGAUCUCACGAUUUCGAUAUCCGAUUUGGAAUUUCUGAUGUUGUGUUAUGCUCUGUGAUUUUCCUAAACUGGGUCAACUGGAAGGAGUGACGCGGUUGAGCUGAUGACUACCGCUUCAAUGGCGACUCGACGUUUCCUUACAUUCAUACUUUUCCUGAUCUUCUUGUUCGCCUCUCUUCUGGACGUCGUGGUUCACUGUAAAACCCUCAAGCGGGGGGAUUUGCAUAAUAACAAGCUGACCGGUCCAAUACCCCCUCAAAUUGGGCGCUUGAAGCAUCUUAAGAUACUUAACUUAAGGUGGAAUAAGUUUCAAGAUGUCAUUCCCCCUGAAAUUGGGGAACUAAAGCAGUUAACACAUCUUUACCUGGGCUUCAAUAACUUUAAAGGAGAAAUCCCUAAGGAGCUUGCAAAUCUUCCCGAGCUCCGUUAUCUUCAUCUCCAUGAAAAUCAUUUCACUGGACGAAUCCCGCCUGAGUUAGGAACUUUACAAAAUCUGCGACACUUGGAUGCUGGCAACAAUCGUCUGGUUGGGACAAUUAGGGAGCUCAUACGCAUCGAAGGAUGCUUCCCUGCUCUUCGCAACCUUUAUUUGAACAAUAAUUAUCUUACUGGGGGUAUCCCUUCUCAACUUGCGAAUUUCACAAACUUGGAGAUUCUGCACCUUUCGUACAAUAGAAUGACCGGUGUGAUACCAGUCAGCCUUGGCCAUAUCCCGAAACUAACUUAUCUUUAUCUGGACCACAACCAAUUUUCCGGGAGGAUUCCUGAUGCAUUCUACAAACAUCCUUUCUUGAAAGAAAUGUACAUUGAAGGAAACUCAUUCCGGACAGGUGUGGAUCCAAUCGGCAUCCACAAAGUUUUGGAACUUUCUGAGUUCUCAGACAUCGUAGUUUAGGACACAAAAUAAACAAAACACCGUACAUUGAUUAGAUGUUCAGCUUAAAUCAGCUAAUUUAGUCCUAUGAGCUAUCUAAGAUUCUAAGUGCCCCCAUUCUUUUUACUUGUAUGGUUAAAGUUUCUGUUGUGAACUUUAACCAUACAUCUUGGAAUACCUAAUAUUUGCUACAUGCAAGUAGUACAUCAGUUUCUAAUACUAGUAUUGAAUAAACUCAUUCUUGAAUCAUUUAAUAUUUUUCUUCAAGUAUAAACUCCGAU